CCAUAGCCCCGUCCGUCCUCCUUCUCCCAACCCCCGGCUCCCCAAUUUCUCUCCUCACCUCGGCCGCGCACAGAGCACCCACACCGGUGCCGGCGGCGCCCUUCACCGCCAGCGAUUGCGACAUACGUGGUCCUCUAACACCCUCCCGGCGCGAUCCCUGCACUGAAUCGCGUCGCCGCAGUCUGGAUCGAAGCCGCCGCCGCAAACCCUAGCCGUCGCCGCUCGAUUCCUCUCCGACAUCGACAUCGACAUCGACAUCGGCGAGGGCGGCCCGGAGGAGAGAUCUAGGGCCGCGUUGCGUAGGCCGGAUUUCCAAAUGAUCACGGAGAAGAGUUAGCUACAAGGCACCAGGGCAUGUCAUCCCCUCUUCAAUUUGUUCAAGUUUUGAUUUAUGAGGCCGUCAUGCUACUGUAGUUGAGUUCUGAUCCCUGCAACUGCUGAAUUUGUAAUAAGUAGGAUGUCUGCAAAGGUGUCAAGGCUUCCGGAAGUUAAUUCUGCUAGGAUGGCUGAUUGGGCUAAUCUUCAGACUGAUAUUGUUGGUACAAUCAUAAGGAAGCUUGCCAUCCCUGACUAUAUCAGAUUCCGUGCCGUAUGCACCUCGUGGAACCGUGUCUGUGCCUGCAGGGAUGUAUCCAACAAUCCAAGGGUAGACCCAUGGCUGAUGCUCCCCACAAAGAUGCUCGAGGAUGCUAAAUUUUUCAGCAUACCUGAAAGAAAGAAUGAAACCAUACGCAUCCUGAGUAUUGCCACGAUCUGUGGCUCCGCGUGGACUCCUGUUGGUUCCUCCAAUGGUUGGCUUGUCUUCUUCAACCCGACUCUGGGAACCAUCCAGCUGGUUAAUCCAAUCAGCAGCGCUCAGUUCCAACUCCCCCCAGUUGGAUGCAAGCUGUUCUCCAAAGCCGUGUUGCUUGACAUGAGUGAGAGUAACUUCAGCGUUGCUGUCAUCUAUGGCGACCAAAAAGGAUACAAAGUGACAUGCAAAGGAAGCAAAGGCUGGUCAUCUGUUGAUUCAAAACACGUCCUGAUAGAUGUCUUCAAGCACAGAAGUCAACUUUACACCAUUGACAUAUAUGGUACGGUCGAGCUGUGGGCAGAGCCACCCAGUGCAUGGCCGGAUGAGGAUGGCUUGCUGGUGGAUCCAAAUCUGCAUCACAACUUUGCGCUGGAUGAGGACGACCCGAUAUGGGAUCAAUAUGUGUAUGACAACUGGAUGGAGGACCAGCCGGAUGAGGAUGGCCCGGAUGAGGACGGCCCGGAUGAGGAUGGCUUGCUGUUGGGUCCAAAUCUGCAUCACAACUUCGCGCCGGAUGAGGAUGACCUGAUGGGGGGCCCAUAUCUGCAUGACAACUUCGAGCUGGACGAGGAGGGCCCGCUGGUGUAUCCAAAUCUGCAUCACAACUUCGGCCCGGAUGAGGAUGACCCGAUGGGUAUUCCAUAUCUGUAUGACGACUUGGAGCUGGUGGAUCCGCUGGUGGAUCCAAAUCAAUUAAACUGUCUGGUGGAGACCCCAGCUGGUGAUCUCAUGAAGGUUAAGCGUCAAUCUGAGAGCAAGUUUGUGGUGUGGAUCCUGAACAAGGGGACAUCUUCCUUCGAGAGGACUAAUGACAUUGGGGAAUUCGGGCUGUUUGUCAGCCGCUACAGCUCGUUCUGUCUCCUCGCUAAGGACCAUCCGAACGUGAAGUCGAACCACGUCUACUUCAUCGACAGCUACAUGAACCUGUGCGCGUUCAACCUCGAGCAUGGGACCAAGGAACUCGUGGAAGCCCUCGAAACACUCGGUGCGCAGAAUCAGCAAGACAUGUACUUGCAGGGGCGCCCAGGAGUACAUUCAUUCUUAUGGUUCACCCCUUCACUGAAAUGAGGGAACGCGUGCAAAGGUACAUAUAGCCCCUUGGAACUUUUGUGGCGAAACCAGCUGCCUGAACUUGAACAGCUCAUCGGUUGCAUUGUAUGGUAUAUGCAGCUUGCCUGUGCUGUUAUACCCCCUCCGUCCUAAAAUAGUUAUCUUAGUUUUGACAAAAUUUGGAUGUAUCUCUAAAUUUUGUCAAAUUUUAGACAAGUUGGCAUAUCCAGAUUUGCCGUUUUAUCAACAGUUCAUCAGGGUGACUAUAAUCUGUAGUUUUUGAGAUCUUGUUCAGACUUGACUUUGAGUCACUGAUAUGUAUUGCUCAUAGAACUUAUAGGUCCGUCGGUCCGUGCCUGGUAACUCGGAAAAGCUUCGAGCCACAUA